GAAUCUCCGGCUCAAACUACUCGGCGUGUUCAAAGAUGGCGGCGAUGCAGAGCGCAGCUCUGAAUGUCUGGAAAUAUUCCCGGAUUUCCCGGUAAAGGUCAUCACUGAAAAUGCGAUGGUUAUUGAGAGUACGUCAACAAUCCAAGGUUCUUUGUCGGUGUAGCCGAUUAACUUCGCAUGCUGGAUCCAGUGAUUUACCAGGGAAAUUGAACCAGAAAACCCAUCGGUAUGCAACCUAUAGCUAUCUCAGGGGACUUGUGUCAACGUCAGGUGGAGGGCGGGGCAUCUCUCCCAACCGACUCCAGCACACUGUGCCACUGGCCAGGGCACAAUUCCAGACAGAGAAUAAGUCACCUGUUCUCAUUAGGCCCAAGAUGACGGUAUCUCAGCUGGCAGCUCAACUGCAGAUAAGCACAGUGGAAAUUCUUACAUUUCUGGAAAAUCUUGGAGAGGAUGCUUCCUACAGUGAUAAAACAGUGUUGAAUCAAGAUCUCAUUGAGCUUCUGUGCCUGGAGUAUGAAGUGGAGGCAAAGUCAUUUGACCACUCAGAAGCCAGGUUGAUGCCAAGGCCACCAGUUGUAACCAUCAUGGGACAUGUGGACCACGGCAAGACCACACUUCUGGAUGCCUUACGGAACAGCUCAGUGGCAGCUGGGGAGGCAGGCGGAAUUACACAGCACAUUGGUGCAUUUCUCGUCAAGCUUCCAUCUGGUGAGAAGAUAACUUUUAUUGACACACCCGGUCAUGCUGCAUUCAACUCCAUGCGGGCUCGAGGUGCUAAUGUUACGGACAUUGUUGUUCUGGUUGUUGCUGCUGAUGAUGGCGUCAAAACGCAGACUGUGGAGUCUAUUCGUCACGCAAUGCAUGCUAAAGUUCCUCUUAUUGUGGCUAUCAAUAAAAUUGACAAACCAAAGAAAAAUCUGAACCUGUUGAAGCAGCAGCUUUUGACCAAUGGCAUACAGCUUGAGGAGUAUGGCGGGGAGGUGCAAGUUGUGGAGAUUUCUGCACUGAAGGGCAUCAAUCUAGACAGCUUAUCAGAAGCAAUCCUCACGCUAGCUGAGCUGAAUGAUUUGACAGCAGAGGUUGAUACCCCUGUUGAGGGUGUGGUUAUCGAGUCUAAAACAACUAAGGGCAAAGGUUCUGUAGCUACGUUGCUAGUGCAGCGGGGAACGUUGAAAAAAGGAGAUGUCAUUGUAGCUGGGGAUGCAUUUGCAAAGGUUCGUCAGAUGUUUGAUGAUCGUGGUAGGGUGCUCAGGGUGGCCCUUCCAUCCACCCCUGUGGAAGUGAUCGGGUGGAGGGACCUCCCAGCUGCUGGGGAACAGUUGAUACAAGUAGAGUCAGAGAAUAAAGCCAACGAGAUGGUCUCCAUGCGUAAAGCCUAUGCCCAGCAGCAAAAGUCUCAGCUGACAGUAGACGACGUUAUGGCAAAUAUUUUCAAGGAGGGGGAAGGACAUCAAUCGCGCGCCCCCCUCAAGGGAUAUGAUGCCUCAGAGAAACUGGAUGUUGUUAUAAGAGCUGAUGUACAUGGGUCUGUGGAGGCGAUAGUUGACGCAUUAAAGACUUAUAAGUCGGACAAGAUCAAGAUGAGCAUCUUGAACGCUGGGGUAGGGCCUGUCACCGAGUCUGAUGUAAAGAUGGCCGACUCCUUUAGGGGUAUCGUUUUUGGGUUUAAUGUGAGGGCACCUAAAGAUGUCCAGUUGCUGGCUCACCAAAUGGGAGUAAAGAUCAAAACUCACCGAGUUAUUUACAAGUUGCUCACAGAUCUCAAGGAUGAGUUGAGCAGUCGGCUCCCGCCUGCCCAAGAGGAUGUGGUUGUCGGCGAAGGUGAUGUGCUCAAGGUGUUCAAGCUGACCGGGUCGCGUAAGGCUGUGGUAGCAGGCUGCCGAGUCAAGGCUGGGGCCUGGAACAAGUCCAGUAAAUUUCGAGUUUUGCGCGGUGAAGAGUGUGUGUUUGAUGGUAAACUGUCUACCCUAAAACGAGGAGCGGAAAAUGUGGAAUCGGUAAAGAAGGAACAGGAGUGCGGAUUGACUUUGGAGAAAUUCAACGGUUUUCAAGAAGGCGAUCGCAUCGAGUGUUACAAGACGGAGAGUAUCCCCGCGGAAAUCGAGUGGAAUUGGGGCUUUUAAACCAAGUUACUGUAAAUGUUUUAAUGAGAUUAUUAUUUUAUCGUAUGGCUGUAUAAUUAUCAUUUCCGCAUGGGAAUUUUGUAAUAUCGUUUAUGCUAUUAAUUUAUACGGAUAUUUUCUUAUUUGUGAAUAAUGUUUGUAUGACUACUUCUCGCCUGUAUUCAUGAUCUAUCCCGUCUUGCUUUUCGGGUGGCAUUAUUCCCAUGAAUACACGCGCGUUGAGCAUAUUACAGAAUUCUUUCUUCUACGGAACAUUCGAGUAAGUAUAGCAUUUAGGCCCCCGCACCAACCUACUUACCGGGUGUCCUGGCCGACAUUAACCGUGAGCCAGUUAAGAGCCUGGGACAACUUGUUUUUCUAUGACGUAACAACUUAAACCGACCAAAGGAUGCCCGAUAGUUAACUUCGGCAAGAGCGCCUUGGCCUACGGUGUACAAACGUGUUUCUCGUGAUAAAUACCACCUUAGCAAUUUAAUCAGUGACUGGCAUACUUAAUUUAUUGUGAAAAUUAAAAUGAUGAAUUUAUAUCGGAAUGGAAAUAUUCCCUAUUCUGUGACUCUUUGUAAGCAAGAGAGUUAUUAAAACAAAAAAAGUGCUUUGUA